AGAGAAAUCGCUCUUCAAACAUGGCCGACGUGCCACUCGCUGGAAGUGCGACUUGUUGCGAUUUGAGCACUUAGUUUGGGCUCUGUAAUGCAUUUUGCGCUGCUCUCGAGCCAUCAGAGCCAUGGGAGGCUGUCUAGGUAGAAGUCGGGAGCGCAGCAGGAAUGAGUCGGCCUCGUCCGAGGGCGCGAGUCGCGUCAAUUCAGGAAGCGGUACCAGGAAAAACCACCCUCUGUGCCACGAAGUGAUUCGGUGGAAAUCGGACAUUCCGCUGACGGACGGACAGCUGCGGAGCAAGCGGGACGAAUUCUGGGACACGGCGCCCGCCUUCGACGGCAGGAAGGAGAUUUGGGACGCUCUGAGGGCGGCCGCCACUGCCUACGAGGCCUGCGACUUCCAGCUGGCCCAGGCCAUCUUGGACGGCGCCAACGUUUCCGUGCCAAAUGGUUUCCUGACUGAGUGUUACGAUGAACUGGGCAGCAGAUAUCAGGUUCCCGUCUACUGCCUCUCGUACCCGAUCAACAUCGUCAAAGACUUCAGUGGCAGAGAAUCGCCGGACUCCUCAGAAAACAAUGGAGACGGCGACGGAACUGAGAUUGUCCUGAAGCUGCGACUGUCGUCAACUUGUUGUGACAUUAAACUGCCCGUCCUGUCCACGGACACCAUCUUUGCCUGCAAGAGAAAACUCAGAAGCCAAGAGGCAAUCGAAGUGUCAAGGCAGCGGUGGUACUUUGGAGGAAAGUUGUUGGGCGACAAACUGCACAUCGACGAGGUCAAAAUCACCUCCGGCUACAUCAUCCAAGUGAUUGUGAAUCAAGAGGAAUUGUGCCGAGUGGACAGCUAGUGUGGAAAACGGACAAAAAGACCCUCGGGGGGUCUGCAGACUUGAUAUUCAGUUGCUGUGAGCAGCUUGGCUCGAGGAUUGUUUAGGUCUUGUGCCAUUGUUCGGUGAAAUCAAACGUCCGAAAGAGUAGUUUUCUUUGCCAUUUUUAUUUAAUCGGUGGAGAGAAAAAGUAGGACGGAGACAGUUUAGCAAAGUACUUCAAUUAAAUCUAUUUUGGUGAACGAGUUUAAAUUUUAUUUUUGGGAAACGCAAGAAUCAGUUCCUGUGAGGAAAUUUCUUGAGAAGAAAUUUUGACGCAAUAUAGAAAAUUUGCAACAAAUGAAAUUUAUUAAAUCUCCAUAUCACUGGACACGCAUCCUAAUUUUAAAUUAAACUUUGUGAUAAUCUUAAGAGCAUUGGCAAAUUUGUAAAGCAGUUACAGUAAUUAGUGGUGGAUCUAUUAUGGCCUAUUUUGAUGUGAUAUGAAAAGUAUAUUUUUGUUUCCGCUCUUCCUUUUCCGCAAGAAAUGUGACCUCACGUCUAUGAUGUACCUGAUUACAACUAUCCGAGUGUGCAGGAAUCGUAGUUUCAGGUAUUAUAAGCGACACCCCUAGCUGCAAGACUUAGUAAUAUUUGCGUAGUUUCCCAAAAAGUAAUGGAGUUACCGAAAGCAAACAGAUGUGUUGCCUCAAAUAUGAUAAAUAAUCGUGUUGGAUUUUGGAUAUUAUGUAUUAUUUAAUGUCAAAAGCUUAACCUCAUUUUAUGCUUUACCUCUUUCAGGUUACGGUUUCAGCUCAAACCCCUUCGAAUAUGUGCAAAUGAGACAUAAAGAUGUAUAAAAAACGACCAAAUUAACCUUGAGUGCUAUUCUUGCUAAAAACAAAACUGAUCCAAAGAUGAACAUAAUAAAGAAAUAAAAAUGUGCUUAAAUUUGGAAAAAAAAGUGCAAUUUGUUAUUAGUGUGUAGCGCUCGUACAGCCACGCACGGCUUCAGAAAAUACAAGAAAAAAUGUUUUGUGAUGUUUGUGACAUUAAAUAAUUUUUCAAUGA